UACUGUAUAACAACGUUAGUUUAUUUGAGUAUGAUCAUUUUGUUUUGCAGCCCCUAAAUCCGCCCCUGGCUCAACUAAGACACACUGCCGACGUGGGAAAUUUCACAAAACUGAAACUCAUUAUUGCCGUGUAUAAGGUUACGAUCAAAGACGAUUAAAACGUAGUGAUCACAAUCAGUAACCAGAGAUAGGCCUAUAAAGCUUGUUUCUUUGGAUCACGUGGUAGGCAUAAUAUUAUAGGUACUAAAGCACACGCAAAGAUGGCUUCUGAACUAAAAGCUGGUGACCUGCUUAAGGUGAAAAGAAACGGAGUUCCCUACUGGCAUUUUGGUGUUUAUGUUGGUCAAGAUAAAGUCAUUCACCUCUCUGCACCGGGAUACGCCGAAAAAAGUAAAGCUUCAGCUUACGUUCAUCGAGUGUCCCUUAAGCAGUUCAAAUAUGACUCUGACAAGUUUGAAAUUAUUCCAUGUCCAAGAAACAUCAGCCGUGAGGAAGUUGUAAGACGAGCAGAGAGUGCAGAAAAUCGUCUUUUUAAUAAUAAACCAUAUGACCUUAUCACCAACAACUGCGAGCAUUUUGCACGUUGGUGCCACGGCGAGGCGGAGAGUAAGCAAGUACAAGAUGUGGCCACAUGGACGCUCAUUGGCGGCGCAGCUGUUUUAGGAGUAGUAGGACUCGCUGCAGCCUUUCUUUCAGAUGACAAACAGGAGGAAGAUGAAAAGCCUCAUUUCGUUUAAUCAUUUUUACUUCUUUAAAAAUUGUCCAAAUAAGUAAUAUUCUAUAGAUUUUCCUAGAAGGUCGAGUGCCCUGCUCUUAUUACGUUUGCCUAAAGAUGUUUUAGAACUUUCUGCGAGACUUCAGGAGUGGAUGUUUUCUUAGUCGUGACGAAAGUCACUACCAGGCUCCUCAACAGAUUCCAUUGCUUGGCCACUUCUUGAGACAAAGCACAAACCAUCCUACAAACCUAGCAAUCAACCAACAACAGAAAAUUCAGAGGACAUUUGAGAGCUACCAUAAUUACAACUCUACAUAACGACCUCAACAUGCUCCGACUCGCCAACAUUCAAUAGCCAGCUCAACUAAAAAUUAAAAUUUAAUGACAUGGAGAAACCAGAACUGUAGCAGAAAACAGACCUAUCUAUAUGGAAAAAGCUCAUCAAGGAACUAAGCAUAUGACUUUUCGGCGACACGGCGAUGAUGAUUAUGAUGAUGAUGAUAAUGACAAAACAGUCUGGUGCUGCCACAUGAUUCGAACCAAAGACCUUAUAAUCAGAAAACAAGCAGCUUAACCAUUAAGUUAUACCCCACUACAUCCUUAGCAUAAAGUAAAUUAACAAAGACAGUGUAUCCCUAUUUUAUAGCAAACACACAUUAAAGCAUUACACUUGGCUAACAACCCAGUGGUCUCCAAGUUAAACUUACAUUUUUAUUUUCUUUUACAGUGGCAUCGUUCUAGAUUGAGAAACGCCUUUUUGAUAUUUUGGAUUAAGUAUGUGAUUACAAGUUUCAGGAUAAUAAUAAUAAUAAUAAUAAUAAUAAUAAUAAUAAUAAUAAUAAUAAUAAUAAUAAUAAUGAUAAUAGUAAUAAUAAUAAUAUCUCACGAGAGUAGAAACUUGCUUAAAAAUCUUUACAUAAUCUGUCUUCGACAAUACUGUAUUUAUUUAGUUUUUUUUUUUUCUUUCUCUUUUGUGUAUUAUGUCCUAAUUUCCGAGUAUAUUAUUUACACGAGCAUUAAAACAAAGAAACGCUCCCACAAGGAGAGGUUCGAACCAUACAAAACUAAAGCAAAUACAGAAUAAUUACUGCAUAAAAAUAUAAAACAUACUAUCAAAUGAAAAUUGCAUUAUACAUCAAAUGUGUUGAAACUUCAUACCAAAUACAGUGACCUGGACCGUAUUGUAAAUCAUUACCUUGCUCGUUGGCGUUCUGAUGUUCAAGUAUAUUUUAAUAUUUAUUUGAGUGUAGUAUAAGUGUGUUCAUCGUACCAUGGAGGAAGGAAAUUUUAAAUUUCCUUCCUCCAUGGUCGUACAUACCGGUUCUGGUGGGUAUUGUCAGUGGAAACAAGAAUUGCCAUGUAUCUAUUUCGAAUCAAAUUGUAUAUGUAUUUAGUAUUAUUUUGUAGACCUGUGUAUGUAAUUGCAUACGGUAUCAAAUGUAGCUAAUCCGAACCCUUGGUAUAAUUUUGAACAGAAUAUCCCUGCGCGUAAAACAGUUAUCUAACUUAUUGAAAAGAUUGAGGUUUUGAAACUGGUGAUUCAAUUAUAGUAACGUCACACAGCUGGAAUCUAAAUACAUGACCGUCCACACGUUUAUCUAUAUAGUUAUCAUCUGUAGCCUACUGUGUAAACUCUAACAUUGCAAAACUACUAGGCCUAUAAAGACACGGCUAGCGAAUGCGAAAGUGGGCCUACGUACAUAAUUAUCAACCCAUGUGGUGAAAAACGACGGUAAAAGUAAUUGUUUUUCCCUCAAUUGAUCUGAAAUAUGGAUUGACACUUACUUCGGGAGAUCAAAACUUUGAUGCUCUUGCUGUUACAGUUGUUCAAACCGGUAGGUUUCGAAUCCCUAGAUGAUUAUUGAGGUCCUCGGUUAUUGUGAUCUUAAGCUUUGAAAUAAUCGUAAUUAUAAUAUAGGCAUCUGUCAUGAUUCGUGUUCAGAUAUGCUGCUACGAACUAUUGUUACAUUUAGUAUUUGUAUGCCAUUUUGUAAUUUUUUUCUGUUGAAAUAUAGAGGACGGCAGUGUAGAAAGAAUUGUUCUUGUGGCAGUUUAGUAUCAAUUGAAUUAACGUAUAUUAAAUUAACGUAUUUUUGUUGUUGUUAAUAGACGAGUGCCACUGUAAGGAAACUGUACGUUCUAACAAAUGAAUAAAUGCAUAGAUAAGUG